UUCGGGGUAGUGACGACGAAGAUACGAAUGAGAUAAUGCAAUCAGAAAAAAAACUAUUUGUGGAUGGGGCAUAUCUUCUUCAUGAGUCUCUUGCAAUGAAAGUAGUAACGAAGGUAGACUUCAGGAAGUCGUUUACGAGAUAGGCUACGUAUAGUGUCGUUGCUGAGGAUUACAAUUUUGACAAAAAGCAACAGGUAUAGCCUAUAGGGAGGGCGACGACGAAAGACAGGUGUUGUGAAUAACUUGGAACUGUCACGCUUCCUACUUCCUUGGGUACUCUAGUUUUGGAAUAAUCAACCGCUUGUUUGUGUCAUAAUAUAAGUAUUGGAAGACGGAAUCUUCAACAUUGUGCACUAGUUUGAAACUGGAACAUGAUUUGAAAUCAAGUAGCCUACAGGACACCUUGGGUUCAAAAGGAGGAAGAAGAGACGGAGGACAUAUACACACAGGCUGUCCUCUUCAGUGCUAAACGUCGCACUCUACCUGCGAAAAGUCGCUAAAUAGGCUACCGUGCCAUCGUGUCUUAGGGGCUUGAUUUGAGAUAGCCUAUUUUAAAUCUCAGUUGUAAUAUAGCUGACGCGUUCGUUCCUGAAUGCCGCUGUGAUUCUUUUGAUUGGGACACUAUUGAUGGACUACAUUGAAGAAGUAAAAAUGCCGUCAGGAGCGGAGAGGAGGCUUGAGAGCAGGGUGGAAAAACUGGAAGCCAUGAUCAAGGAUCCACGAUCCGCGAUGAACAUGCAAAGUUUACUUGCAAGGCACAGGGGAUGUCCAGACUUAAUAGAAAUAAUCCCUCCCACCAACAAAAGCACAGAAUCACGCCUUGCCACUUUUCAGUAUAAUGGAAGCACUGAACUGGAAACUGAUCAUGGCCCCAGGCUUCUCUCUGAGUCUCCCUGCCCUAAUAAUGAUUCCAUGAAUGCAUUGGUUUUAGAUUUGAACUACCCUGUGCUAAGGAAAAACAAAAACAUUGCAGCCUUUUUAAGAAGAUAUGAAAGAGUGAUGGGGAACAUGAGAGAGCUGCAGGUGGGCCCUGAUGACUUUGACUUGGUGAAGGUGAUUGGCAGGGGGGCCUUUGGCGAGGUGCAGCUGGUACGUCACCGAGUCUCUAAGAAGGUCUACGCCAUGAAACAGCUCAGUAAAUUUGAGAUGAUCAAGCGCUCAGAGUCAGCCUUCUAUUGGGAGGAGAGAGAUAUCAUGGCCUUCAGUGACAGCCCCUGGAUUGUCCAGUUGUGCUGUGCCUUCCAAGAUGACCUGCACCUGUACAUGGUAAUGGAGUACAUGCCAGGCGGAGAUCUGGUCACGCUCAUCAGCACAUAUGACAUUUUGGAGACCUGGGCCCAGUUCUACACUGCAGAGGUGGUGCUGGCUCUCGACACCAUCCACACUCUGGGCUUCAUCCACCGUGAUAUCAAGCCCGACAACAUGCUGCUAGACCAGCGUGGACACCUGAAGCUGGCCGAUUUUGGCACCUGCAUGAAGAUGGACUCUGCAGGCAAAGUACGUUGUGACACAGCCGUGGGAACUCCUGACUACAUUUCUCCCGAAGUGUUAAAGUCACAGGGGGGUGAAGGUUACUAUGGGCGUGAAUGCGACUGGUGGUCUGUGGGAGUCUUCCUCUACGAGAUGCUACUUGGUGACACUCCAUUUUAUGAUGACUCUCUGGUGGGGACAUACAGUAAGAUCAUGGAUCAUAAAAACGCCCUCAACUUCCCCGAUGACGCAAACAUAUCCGAGGCAGCCAAACAUCUCAUAUGUGCCUUCUUAGCAGACAGAGAGGUUCGUCUCGGGCGGAAUUCUGUUGAAGACAUCAAAGGGCACCCUUUCUUCAAGAACGAACAGUGGACUUUUGACACCAUUCGAGAAACGGUCGCUCCUGUGGUGCCGGAGUUGAGCAGUGACAUUGACACCAGGCAUUUUGAAGACUUUGAGGAUGGAGAGGAAGUUGAGACGUUUCCUCAGCCCAAAGCCUUCAUGGGAAACCAGCUGCCCUUCGUGGGAUUCACCUACUUCAAGGAGGACAAGUUGCUAAGUGGCUUCAGUUCUGUCGACGUGGAAGAGGAGCAAAGCACAGCCAAACCUGAGUCAGAUGAACUGCAGCAGUUGGAGGUGAGACUGAGCAGUGAAAUGCAGGCUAAAGAGGAGCUCCAGCAGAAAUUCAGAACUGCCUGUAAUCAUCUUGAGAAACUCUCCAAGGACCUUGAGGCAGAGGUAAACAGUAGGAGGAGUGUAGAGGAGGCACUGUUGGCGCUGGAGAAGGAGAAGGCUCUGCUCCGGCAAAGUAGUUCAGAGAGUCAGAGGAGGGCCAACACGGAGGCCGACAGAAAGCGUUGCCUGGAGACAAAGGUCAACACUCUGCAGGAACAGCUAGAAGACAUGAAGAGGAGGCAGCAGAACCAGCUCUCUAACAAGCAGAGUGUUCAGCUUCAGAGACAGCUGGAGGAAGCCAACGAGCAGCUCCGGGCGGAGUCAGAGAGCACCACCCACCUGAAAAAAGCUCAGGCGGAGACGCUGAAGCAGCUGCAGCACCUGGAGCUACGUUUGGUGGAGCUGGAGGACUCCAGCGGCCAGCUGGAGGACUGCAAGCUGAAGCUGGAGAUGGAGGCCUCCAGCCUGCAGGCGGCUCUGGAGGCCGAGAAGAGCGAGCGCAGCCAGGGCUGCCAGACCAUCGCCGACCUGCAGGGGCGUCUAUCUGACCUGGAAGCCGAGGCAAGGCAGGUGAAGAGUGUACUGUCCGAUAGUGAGCUAGAGAGGACAGAGCUACAGGAGAGGCUGCUGGAUCUGGAGAAGGAGAAGAGUAACCAGGAGAUUGACUUUACGUACAAGCUGAAGGUCCAACAGCAGAGACUGGAGCAGGAGGAAGCGGAGCAUAGCGCUACCAAGUCCCGCCUCAGCAACAACCAGAUCAACCAGGCCACUGAGGAGGCCAUGGAGAUGGAGCGAAAGCUGCAGGAGGAGCGUGCGGUGAAGCAGCAGGUGGAGAACAGGCUGAUGGAGCUGGAGAAAGAGCACUCCCUGCUGGGCUCCGAUUACAGGCAGGCCCAGCACGGAUUGGAGGAUCUACAGAGGCAGAAGGACAGGCUAGCCGAGGAGACGAAGAUCCUGACCGUGAAGAUGGAGCAGGAGUCCCAGAAACUAAUUAUGAUGCAGAGCGAGCUGGUGACUCAAGGCCAAGAGGUGGCGUCGCUGCGCACGUCCGAGAAACAACUGAAACAGGAAGUCAACCACCUGCUGGACUUAAGACAGAGCCUAGAACACAAGAACCAGGAACUGCACAAAGAGCGGCAGGAGGCAUUUGGACAGAUGAAGGACCUGCAGGAUCAGCUGCAGACAGAGCAAUAUUUCUCGAACCUGUAUAAGACACAGGUGCAUGAACUGAAAGAGGAGUGUGAGGAGAAGAACAAGCUGAUUAAAGAUGUACAGCAGAGACUACAGGACAUACAGGAGGAGAGGGACUCGCUGGCAGCCCGCCUGGAGGUGAGUCUGACGAAGGCGGACUCGGAGCAGCUGGCCCGCACUGUGGCCGAGGAGCAGUACUCCCAGCUGGAGAGGGACAAGAUCAUGAAGGAGCUGGAGAUCAAAGAGAUAAAGGCCCAGCGCAAACAGGAGGUUGAAGAGACAGACAACACCAUUGCCUCUCUGGAGGAAUCGAACCGCACCCUGACGAGUGACGUUGCAAACCUAGCCAAUGAGAAGGAGGAGCUGAACAACGCACUGAAGGAGGCACAGGAGCAGCUGAAGAGGUCCAUGGAUGAACAGAGGAAUAUGAAGGCUAACUAUGAGAAGCAGGUCCAGUCUGAGAAAACACUGAAAACCCAGGCAGUCAACAAACUGGCAGAGGUUAUGAACAGGAAUAAUGUAAGCAGAGGUGGACACCGUCAUGGCAAUGACAUGGAAUUGCGCAGGAAGGAGAAGGAGAACAGGAAGUUGCAGCUGGAGCUUCAGCUAGAGAAGGAGAAGCUCAAUGGCACCAUCAUUAAGUAUCAGAGAGAGAUUGGCGAAAUGCAGGCUGUGAUAGCAGAUGAAAGCCAGGUACGUGUUGAGCUGCAGAUGUCCCUGGACAGUAAGGACAGUGAUAUUGAGCAGCUCCGCUGUCAGCUGACCUCUCUCAGCAUACACUCCUUCGACUCCACCAGCUUCAGCAGCGGCCCGGACCCAGAGGUUGACGACGGCUACCCCGUGUGCGUCACCCGCUCCCAGUCCUCCAAGUCCAUGUCAUUUACGUACCAGCACUCCUCCCAGUCUGUCCGCACUCGCGCCCCUCGUUUCUUUCACUCUGACUCUGAGGAGGACGAUUCAGAGCCAGAACAGGCUCCUCCGGCCCUCACUCACAGUCCGUCAGAACAAGACAACAAAGAGCCCCGCCUGGAAGGCUGGCUGUCUCUCCCAGCGGCGAGGAACAGCAUCAAGAGGUUUGGCUGGGAGAGGAAGUAUGUGGUGUCGAGCAGCAGGAGAAUAUUGUUCUACCACAGCGAACAGGACAAAGAGCAGUCAAACCCGUAUAUGGUCCUGGACAUCAGUAAACUGUACCAUGUACGACCAGUGACCCAGACAGAUGUGUACCGUGCAGAUGCCAAAGACAUCCCACGGAUAUUCCAGAUCCUGUACGCCAAUGAGGCUGAGAGCAGGAAGGACCGAGAGUCGAUCUUGGAGCCAGUCCUCAUGGUAGACAAGUCAAUCUGCUUCUGUCACAAGGGCCAUGAGUUUAUCCCAACUCUCUACCACUUCCCUUCCACCUGUGAAGUCUGCCCCAAGCCCCUCUGGAACAUGCUGAAGCCCCCGCCCGCUCUGGAGUGCCGUCGCUGCCACACCAAGUGCCACAAGGAACACCUGGACAAGAAAGACGUGGCCAUCGGCCCAUGCCGGGUGAACUACGACAUGUCUCUGGCCAAGGACAUGCUGCUCCUGGCUGAGUCUCAGGAGGAGCAGCAGCGGUGGAUCAGCCAGCUGCUCAAGAAGAUUCCCAAGAAGCCCAUCGGGGUCCAGCAGUUCACGAGCCACUCGGCCCAGUCUUCGCCCCGCGGCUCCCCUCACGCCUCCCCCCGUGUUUCUCCUCGCCUCUCCAUGAAAAUGCAGCUCAGCCCGCGGACGAAAAGGCAUGCCCGCCAUGGCCAGCCCAGCAAGCCCAGCUUGCUGGACUUUGGCCUGAAGGACUGGAAUUGGUCAUUGGAUGAUGAUGAUGAUGAUGAUAUGUUUGAUUUCUGAAGAAGUGAGAGGUGAGGAUGCCGCAAGCCAACAGUGGAACAAAUUCAGUUGACCUCCUUUGGCUAGAGGGCAUGGCGAAACUCCUGGACGGUGAUGGAUUCCCUUACAGUCACACAAUAAAAAAUCCCUGGCUGUACUCGACACAAGCAUUAGAUAUUUUUAGCUUACAACCCACACUGAAACAGAAGCUCUGCAUGCCCCCACAUCCCUGAGAUAUCCAAGUGACACAGUCAUGAGUUGACUGCGGCCAAUGGGGGAUAUGACUGAGACCAUGGACCAUAAAAUAACCCUGGUCCAUAAAAUAAGUCUGCAUUUAAAAACACUACUAUGAGAGACUGACCCGCACUUCACAGACCCCACUGAUAUAAGGGAGUUGUGAAUAUGCCACACACAUGGUUUAGUCUAUCUAUUCUACACUUAUUCUUAUUGUCCUUUGAGCCACAGUUGCAUAUGUCCCUUAAUAGAGCUAAUUUGACAAUUUGCUUACUAACCUGAGAGAAGUUCCAUUAAUCAAUGCAUAGAGUAUAUUUACGGGUUGAUAUUAGUAUGAAGGAGCCAGUGACCACAAAACAUUUAAAUAUUUCUUUAUUGAAAAUUUAUUUUGACAGAUAGUUCAUCUUCAUAUAUUAUGUUUUUCUGCAGUAUUUUUUUUUUUUCAUCUUGGAGGUGGUGGAGGGAUUAUGAUGUGAAUGUGUCCCAGGAAACAGAUAGGAGAACAGCAUGUUUGGAAGUUUUGCGUUCCAUGUGUUAAUUAGCAGGAUACAACAUUGCUUGAGUGGCUGGAAAUUAUGCUGAGGUGUGUGUGUGUCUUUUCUUUGUAUGGUUUAUGUGUGGUUAUGUAUAUAUUACAUGGCUUAGUUUAAUGACAUCCAUAAUUAAUAUGUUAUAUAACUGUUCCUGAAAAGAGGUCAUUCUAAAAAAGGGGACUUAUUUUGACUUAGCUAUGUUGCAAAUUGUUAAAGAUUCUUUGCGAUAUGCAGAUAAUUACAUUCUGAAAUGUUCAAUAUUUUAAUCUAUCAGUUAUUUCAAGAGGUUUCCAACAGCAUGGACAACUCUUUUUGUAUAAAGUUCCAGAAAAACAUGCUGUUUCAUGCUGUGAAGAGAAAUACUAGACUCUGCACUAAAGGUAUACAAUUCAGUAUUUACAAAAUAUUUUUAAUAUCCGUUUCUAAAAGAAAUUCUAAUUUCUCAUCCAGAAUGAAUGUGUCCAUCAGAUUGACUUGUAAAAAUUGACACAUUCUUUAAAAAUAUAUAUUUUAUUCCAAGUGGAAUAGCUACUAAUUCAUACGUAGCUUAGGGAAUUGAAUAAAUUGCUAUUUUCUCUGUUAA